CUGCUGCUGGUGCAGGAUUGUUCCGAGUGCUGGGUGACCUGGUGGUCAUGGAGGUAGUCUUGGCAGAAGGGUUUGACGAAGAGGAGCAGCUGGUGAGAAAGCAUCGCAAAGAGAAGAAGGAGCUGCAAGCCAAAAUUCAAGGUAUGAAGAAUGCUGUUCCCAAGAAUGACAAAAAGAGGAGGAAGCAACUCACUGAAGAUGUUGCUAAGUUGGAAGCAGAGAUGGAGCAGAAACAUAGAGAGGAACUGGAGCAAUUGAAGCUUGCUUCUAAGGAGAGUCAAAGAGAUUUUGACGCUGUUAACAUUUCAAACUUGGUUCUUGAGACCCAGCCGCCUCGGAUAUCAAGGGCACAAAAGAGACGGGACAAAAAAGCUGCAUUGGAAAAGGAGCAGAAAGAAAGGAUAGCUGAAGCUGAAAUUGAGAACAUAUAUGGAGCUAGACAUGUGGAAAGUGAAAAACUUGCACAAAUAUUGGCAGCCAGACAGUUGGAAAUCAAACAGAUCCCAUCUGACGGCCACUGCAUGUACAGAGCCAUUGAAGAUCAGCUGAAAGACCAGGCAUGCCCUCUGACUGUAGCUGCCUUAAGAAGUCAAGCUGCCAACUAUAUGCAAAGCCACAUGGAAGACUUUCUGCCAUUUUUAACAAACCCUAACACAGGAAAUAUGUAUACUCCAGAAGAGUUUGGAAAGUACUGUGAUGAUAUCAUAAACACAGCUGCAUGGGGAGGUCAGCUUGAGCUAAGAGCCCUGUCUCAUAUUUUACAAACACCAAUAGAGAUAAUACAGGCAGAUUCUCCUCCUAUUGUAGUUGGCGAAGAAUAUCCAAAAAAACCAUUAAUACUUGUAUAUAUGAGACAUGCAUAUGGCCUAGGAGAACAUUACAAUUCUGUUACGUGGUUGGUGAACAGAGCUCCUGAACCUUGCAGCUAGUGUACAAAGUGUUGCACUGUUAUAUUUUAGUACAGUGUGCUAAUGAGUAUUUAUACCAAGUGGUGGAAUGUUCUAAAUGUUACUGAAAAACACAACUACUUUCAAUCACUUUUAUGGCAAAGCUGCUAAAAGUUUUUAACAAAAAAAGUGUCAGAGACAAACUUUAACCGGUGUCCCCUUAGUGGUAUUUUAAAAACACUUGUAAGUCCAUUGUGGACAACAUCAUUCAUAGACCAAGAUGCAACCCUGUUUGCUUGUAUUUUUAUUAAUAUAGGAUCCUGAACAUUCUGUUGAAAUAAAUCUUAAUGUUUUAAUAAAAGUUUUCAGUAACCAUUUUAAUGUAAUUUUUCUUGAAGAAAUGAAAUUACUCAGUCCCUUUGUCAUUGCAGUAAUGUGGGGAUGGGGGUAGCAAAUUUAAUUAAUGCUUAUAAAUAAACUUCACUGCAGUAACCUUGGUCUUGGAGGGAUUAAUGUUUGAAACUUUUUAUAACCUAUCAAACUACAGCUAAGAAGCUUGUUUUAAUGAUUAAGAAUUAAAAACUUUUUUCAGAUGGGAAUCAGUUGUUACACUUUAAGAAAUGAGACAAACUCAAAAGUAAAUAGGUGUUCUCUAUCAGAUUUAAACUUCCAAAGAAUUACAGAUUAGCCUUUUAUUUGUGUGUAAUUUAAAAUGUCAUUAAUUUGGUACUACUUGCUGUUUCUUCAACUUCUUGAUUAUUUUCAUAACUACACAUAUUUAUACUUGUGUUUUCUCCUUCACUGCUCAGCUGCUUUGCGUUCCCUGCAGCUUUUCCCACUAAGAAGCAGUUCGUGACCUCUCACUUGUUGCCUUGUGCAAGUUGAAGGAGAAGCAGUGUGAAAGUGUCCAAGGCCAAAUAAAUAUACUGCACAUCCUUCCUCCUUUCCACUUUGUCUUAUAAGAUCUUUUUCUUUUUGCUUCAUUCUCUAGGAUUCAAAGAAAGCCUUUUUUUACUUGUUAUUUUGCUAGCCUUUUAAUGUCAUCUUUCCUUAACUCAAGUAUCUGAGAAUUUUUGUAUUACAUAUAUGGAUAAAGUUGAAAGCCACUCUUUUAAAAAAAAAUUUUUUUUUCUUCUUUUUGAU